AUGACGACAAUAAUAUUAGAAACGCCUGUUAUUGAUCAUAUUCUUGCAUCAGAAAAAUAUCGAUUAGAAACAUUUUCUAGUUUAUUACAUUUUCCAUUAACAACACGUCAUCAAUUAGCUCUUGCUGGUUUUAUUUAUCGUGAAACAAAAUGUCUAUGUCCACAAUGUGGUGUUACUAUCGAUCUAACAUCUUUAGAUGAUAAUGCUACAUAUGCUUCAAAUUAUUUUCGAAAAUUACAUCGAGAAAAAGUUUCUCAUCUUGGUCAACGUUGUACAUUUUUAUUAUGUGAACCUGGUACAAAUAUUGAUGAUCUUCAUCCACCAUUAGAAUCUCAAAAAAGAGAAAAACUACAAUGGAAUGAUGCUGAAGAACCAGAUUUUAGUGAUUAUAAUGUACGUCUUCAAACAUUUAAUUCAUGGCCUUAUUUACAAGAAAGAGCAAAUACUUUUGUUACACCACAAUUAUUGGCUAACAAUGGAUUCUAUUUUUCAGGUCCUAAUGAUGUUGUUACUUGUUUUUAUUGUGGUAACACGUUAACAAAUUGGUCCGAAGCAAUUCAUGAUACAAAUAAAAAUAUUGUUCAACUUGAACAUUCUCGAUUUUUUCCAUGUCGUUUUAUUACAUAUAUAGCUGGUGGAAAAUUUGUAGCUAAUGCUGGUUAUUUACAUGUUGUAUCUGAUCAAGAACGUCGUUCUCGUAAUCCUAUGACAUCAAAAUCAGUAAUAAUUUCUAAUAAACCACAAUCAGUUGAUGAAUGUUUAUCAACAUUUGAAAAUUGGCCUAGUUAUGCUCCAAUAUCACCUAAAGAUUUAGUCCAGACUGGUUUUUAUUAUUUAGGUGAAGAAUUAAGAGUAAAAUGUUAUAUGUGUGAUCUUGAAGUCGAUGAUUGGCAACGUGGUAUGACAGCAUUUGGUACACAUAAACAACGUCAAAAUAAUUGUGAAAUUAUUCAAGCAAUUCUUAGUACAGAAACAGGUGAUUUUCAAUGUGUUAAUGAAAAAUGGCGUUUACAAACACUUGGUGGUUUAUCAUUUGAAACUGAUAAUGAUGAACGUUUAUGUCAAGAAUUAGCUGCAUGUGGUUUUUAUCGUUUUAAAAAUACAAAUAAUAUUCGUUGUGCAUAUUGUGCUGUUUUAAUUCAUCCAAAAACUGAUUCAUCAAUUAUGUCUCAACAUCGAGCUUUAGCUAAACAAUUAAAAAAACCUUCAAUGAUUGACUGUACUAUAGUUCGAGCACAAUGUCCAACGAAUAUUGCUAUACCAGAUCGAAAACGUUUUCCAGAAUAUCCAAAUUAUCAAUCCGUAUUUGAUCGAAUUAAAACAUUUGAAGAUUAUAAAGAACAUCAUAAAGUUUUGGAUAAUUUUAUACGUGAAAGAGCAGAAGCUGGAUUUUUUCUUGAUACAAUGAAACGUAUGAGAUGUUUUCAAUGUGGAAAUUCAUUACCGAUUAAUGAUAAAAAACUACUUGGAAAAUAUUCUCAAUAUGAUACAGAAAAAUUACAUGCACAUUUCUAUCCAACAUGUGAAUGGAUAAAAGAAAUAUUAGGUGUUAAAUAUAUAGCACAAGUACUUCUUGAUCGUACUAAAUUAAAUGAAAUAGAAUAUCAACGAUCAUAUAAUACACAAGUAUCACUAAUAUCAAAUCGAACUACUCUAGAUUCUUUCUCAUCUGUUUCGACAACCUCAAGCAUUCUUGAUCAUACAUCUGAAAUUGAACCAAAUAGAUCUGAUUAUUCUGACUCUGAUGAAGAUGGUUAUGAACCUGUUGCUACACCCUUUAAAUCACAAUUUAUCGAUCAUACUUCACCGAUGCAAUCACCCAUAUCACCAUCAUCCAUAGCAAUAUCUAAUGAAAUAUCAUCACCACAAGAUUGUACUGAUAUUAUUACUAGUGAUGGUAAUGGCCGAUGGACAUCACCUAUUCUAGAAAAUCAGACGAAUCCAUUUCAACAAUUGGCUAUAGAAGAAAGAUCGCCACCCAUUGAUAUUGUUUGUACUGAUAUUUCACCUGUUGAUCCUCGUGCAUUUUUUGCAUACGAAUCUAAUCGGUUAGAUUCAUUUAAAAGACAUAAUCGUGAAACUUUUGCUCAAGUUAAGGUUGGUGAACUUGCAUAUGCCGGAUUUUAUUUAAAUGGUGAAGGUACUAUUGUUAAAUGUCCGUGGUGUGCUGUUGAAUUAACCGAACAAAAAUUUGAAAGACUAAUGCGCCUACGACCGUCUAUUCCUGGUUCGCUAUUAAAUGAUGAACCAUGGACAGCAAUGCAGGUACAUAGACAUGAAAAUGGACUAUUGAUGGGUAAAAUUCAUUCAUGGUGCUUAUGGGUUAGACGAGAACAAGGUGGACUCUACCCAAAUGUCAGAAUGAAUGCAAGUCACAUGCGUUAUCCGGAAUAUCUAUCGUAUUCGGCAGUAGAAAAACGUAUUCAAUCAUUUCAAUCUAAUUGGAUGUAUCCAGGGGGUAGUCGUUUGUGCAGUGUAGUAAUGGCUGAUGCUGGUUUUAUUUAUUUGGGUGAAGGCAAAGUAUGUUGUUAUUAUUGUGGUAAUAAAUUCUGUGAUUUUGAACCACGUGAUUGUCCGUUCGAAGAACAUGCCGUAUUUCAUCCAUUAUGUGAUUAUUUAAUACAAAAACGUGGUAAAGCUUAUGUAGAUCGAGUUUUGAAAGAAUCUUCACGAGUUCCACAUGCAAAACACAAAUAUGAAAUGACUGGUACACAAAAACUUAAAUUUAUUUUUUUCGAUAAAACUGGUCCAUCAAUAAGUAAAAGUAGCCGUGAACCAGUAAAACGAAUUAAUCUACAAUUAUCAACAAUGAAAAGUCGAAGUACUUCAGAGCCAAUACCAAAUAAUUUGGACACAACUGAAGAUAUUUGUCAUGUAUGUUAUGGAAAUGUAGCUACAUAUGAAUAUGAUCCUUGUCAACAUAAUCAAAUGUGUGGUGAAUGCUUUGCAAAAUUAACUGAACAACAACUUGAAGAAUGUUUUUGUUGUCGUAGACCAGCAACAAUUCGUGCACGUGUGCCAACGUAA